ACUAAGAGGGCAAAUAUAAUAUUGUUCAGACGGCAGAAUCACAGGAGAAGUUCGGCAACAUCGGUACACUAACCUGGACAAUUGAGUUUCAACAUGGAUUUCAAACUGUUGCGUCUUCUCCUUCCAAUCAUGGCCACGGUUGGCUUGGUCGUCUCUCAGAAUGAUCAAAUGAAUGCUGUCCCAUUGGCCGAGCUUUUGCAAAAAUGCAGUGGUAUGGAUGCGGGUAUGAGUGUAGGGUUGAACGCAGACUGCCGCACAUAUGCCGUGUGCCCGGAGCGCUACAACAUGAGACAGUUUCCUAUCCAGUUUUGCGCGCCAGGAACUCUGUUUGACAGCGUCCUCAACCAGUGCAAUGCUCCCGAAUUCGUCGACUGUGCGGGGUCAGGAUUAGCCGAUCCGUGUGCCGGUCAGGCUGAUGGUAAUAGGGAAGACGCCAUGAGGAGUGGGCCAGCCAAAGGUGCAGUUCUCGUUUGUCAAGAAGGCCGAACUGUUGGUGGAGUCAGUUGUAACCAAUGCGAGCAGUAUUCUCCCAACUCAGAAACAGGUUGUUCUCCAAUCCCAGACUGCGUCCGGAACGAACCACAAUUCACUUGCAACCUGGAAGUGAACCCAGAAAACAGCGCCCAGUUCAUUGCUUUGGCGCCAGGUGGUAAUAUCGUAAUGGAUUGUUCUAACGGUACUGUAUUCAACCAGGAGGCCUGUGGGUGUGUUGUCUUCGGUUCUUAGUUUUGGAACUAAGCUUCCGGUAUGCAGGAAACCCAGUAUUGACGACUGGCUACAAAGGAAGUUAACGCUGGCGUUUCACAGAAAUAGAAACGAUAUAUUAGAUGGAAAAGAACUCGUUAUUUUGUUCAAACAACAAUAC